AAAGACAUAAUAGGAUUAGGAGGUUUAAUUAUUAUUAUUAUUGAAGUGUUAAAUAAAAUUGGUAGUUUGCAAAGCAAUAAGAGAUGAGGGAAAAGUGAUGGUGAGUCUCUCUCUCAUGUGUGAUAUAUAGAAAUAGAGUGACAGGAAAAGAAGAAGAAAGGCAUCCGGAGAGAGAGGGAGAAUGACGCGAGCAAACGAAGCACAUGGAAACGGCGAGCGAAGACAAUGGGCAGCAGCAGAAGCAGCAGGAGGGACAGGACAUUCAGCGACUUCAAACGGUUACCGACACUACCAAGCAAGGACGCCGUCACGGUCGUCCUCGUCAGCAUCAUUCAAAGGAUGCUGCUGCUGCCUCUUCCUUCUGUUCUCGUUCCUAGCGCUUCUAGUGCUGGCAGUGGUGCUUGUGAUAAUCCUGGCGGUGAAGCCCAAGAAGCCGCAGUUCGAUCUGGAGCAGGUGGGGGUGCAGUACAUGGGCAUCACACCCAAUCCCCCCUCCACCGCCUCCCUCUCCCUCACCAUACGCCUCCUCUUCUCCGCCGUCAACCCCAACAAGGUCGGCAUCAAGUACGGCCAGUCCAGCUUCACCGUCAUGUACCGCGGCAUCCCCCUCGGCAGGGCCUCCGUCCCCGGCUUCUUCCAGCAGGCCCACAGCACCAGACAGGUCAUCGCCACCAUCUCCGUCGAUCGCGUCAAUCUCCUCCAGGCCGACGCCUCCGACCUCAUCCGCGACGCCUCCCUCAACGACCGCGUCGACCUCCGCGUCCUCGGCGACGUCGCCGCCAAGAUCCGCGUCAUCAACUUCGAUUCUCCCGGCGUUCAGGUUUCGGUGGAUUGUGCAAUAGUGAUCAGUCCAAGAAAGCAAUCCCUGACUUACAAGCAGUGUGGGUUUGAUGGAUUGAGUGUUUGAUGAUAUCAUUCUUGUUGGCAGUAUCAAUGUCCUUAUAUUCCACUCAUUUUCUCACUUGACUCUCGUUUCUUCGACUAAUUUAAGGAAGAAACGAGGAGCGAAAGGAGUGAGAGAAAUUUGGGUGGGGUUGUUAGACGGAAUUUAGAAUGCUUAUUGGAGGAGUUACGACAAAUUGAUAAACUGCAAAGUCGAGGAAAAAGGUUUUGCAAAGGAUAUGAAAUUAGGGAAUUUAACAUUUUCUCAAAGAGUUUUGCAGAAAUUUUUUGAAUAGGUUACUUCACUUGGAAGACAAAACUCUGCGGAACAACGUGUAAACUGUAAAGUACAUCCGAUGAGUGGGUGAGGUAUCCUGAUGGGUUUUUCUUAAUUUGUUCGUUCUCUCCUCUUUCCAACCUUUUUCUCCCUCAGCUUUAUUUUGCUUUUGAAAAGUGCAUGAGAAGUUUUGCUCAUUUCAUCAUUUGAUUAUUGAAAUUUCAUGUAAGUAGAUCUGUUACAUGUGAAUUAUUUUUAAA